AUGAGCUCUCUCGUGGAACAGGACAUGGGUGCAUAUUCACGCGCCUCAUCGACCCCCACUUCUACUGCCCCGCCGUCAGUAGCCUCUGCUCGGCCGCAGAACGAUAUACCGGCUUACAUCAACUACUCUGCUUCGCGCGCCUCCGACCCUCCCACCUUUUCCUCUCGACCUGCCUCAAUGACGUCCCAUCCGAAUGCCUUCCCUCCCGACUCGACACACCCUCCCUCCUAUCGCGGUUCAGAACCGAUGGCAACCGAUCCACAAACCGCGCCGGAUUCACCGCGACUACAACCUACAUACCAAUCAAUGCAGUCUGUGCCGGGAUCGGAAGUCAAUUCUCCGAGUCGCAUUCGAGUCCAGAGCUUGUCUCACAUCCAAAGUCUCGCCAAUGAAGACCUCGUGGGGUCGCGAGGAGCGCAAACCUCCGGGUCUGGGUCGCAGCGACAGUACGAGAUCAGCUCCAUGCCGGUCACGGAGAUCAUCGAGAUGGUCGCUGGACUCCUCACUAAGAUCACUACCUCGAACGAUUUGCAUCACGAACAUGUCCAUCGCCACAUCCCGCCACCGGAUGGCACCUCAAACCUCAGUCCACAGGCCACCAGCGUCCUCGCAUUCCACGGCAAAAAUGUCCCCAGCAUCACAAUCCUCAGCUACCUCACUCGUAUACACAAAUAUUGCCCCACAACAUACGAGGUGUUCCUGAGCUUGUUGGUCUACUUUGACCCGUCGCUGGGACCCUUCAGAGGAUUCAGAUCCUUCUUCUGCAUCGCCUACAUCUCAACAAAUGCACGACUCCCCUAUGGUGACGCCUCCAUCUUCUACCGGCUUAGCUGCGCAGGAUUCGCAGGUGUCGAACUCUUCCAUUUCGCCGGGUCUCUCCCCCAGUCUGACGCCGAGACCCUUUCACAUUUCUUUGUCGUGGAUAGCUUCAAUAUCCAUCGGCUGGUCAUCGCAGGUGUGACCUGCGCGAGCAAGUUCUUCUCUGACGUGUUCUACACUAAUUCACGUUACGCAAAGGUUGGUGGUCUUCCAUUAGUUGAGCUCAACCACCUGGAACUGCAGUUCCUUCUCCUAAACGAUUUCCGACUCGCCAUAACCGUCGAAGAGCUGGAGGCAUACGGGACAAUGCUCGUAGAGUUCUACGCACGUGAGGUUGUGACGCAACAACAACAACAACACCAGAUGAGUCUACCGAGACCCAUUGACCCGGCCCGUGAUCCAAACUCAGAUGCGAUGUACAUGCGAUCCCGCGACAAGUACCGCGACCAUCCAGAAGUCGGCCAGACCCCGACCCCGCCAUAG